GGCAUCUUUUAGUUCUCAUUUGUAUUUUCACCUGACCGCUAUCAUCACUGCCAUAUUCUCGGGUAUCGGGUUACGGAUCGCUAUCCGGAGUUUUCAACGUUUUCGACGCGUUUUUGUACGCGAGUGGAUUUGAUGAACAGUGCUGUGCCCAUGCUGUGAACCCCUGACGAGGGCGCGAAAAAUCUCUAUCGACAAGGACACUAGGAGGAAGUGCGUUGAGUGUGUUAUUUUUCAAGGAACACCACAUCAAGUGCUGCAACUGAUUAUAUAAAGAUACGAGACAGUGUCGGUUGACGAGAGGGCGUGAAAAAUGAAUUUACCUCUUCUGGCAAUUGCAUCGCUGCUAGUGGUCUGUCGGGCAGAUAUUCCACUAUUGGAACUUGGACUAGACUCGGAACCUCAGCAAUACAAGAAUGUACUCGAGCCAAGUGAAUCGGCAAACGUUUUCAGUGGAUAUUCGAAUGAUAAACCGAUCGUACCUUUUCCCGAGCCAACCAAACAAUGCGUAGGAGGACCAGAUGUUUGUGGCUACACAUAUACCACGCCGACUUGCCCAUGGGAAGUUCGAACGGAAUACAAAACUACUACGCAAACUGAAACUAAAGUUAAAACAGAAAUAUCAACGAAGGUGCAGCAACAAACAGUAACACAGACAAUUCCGACUACCAUCACGGAAACCACUACGAAGGUGACAAGACUGUGUAACGAGUACCUGCCUCCGGUUGAACCAGUUACGACUUCUGUGAGACCGAACCCAGUUACCAAAACGGUAACUUUACCCCCAACUACAACCACGAUAACUUCUCGGGGACCUCCACUUUCUACGACUCGUACAAUUACUCCAACAACUACUGUAGUUAUCAGUCAAACACCUUACGUAACCAACACUCGCACAGUAACUCCAACCAUUACUAGUAUCAUCACUGCCCAAAGCACUUCGUUGACCAGGACCAUCACACCUACUUCGACCUUUUUGAGCUAUUUGCCUUCCGUAUCCAUUACCAGAACUAUUACUCCAACUUACACCAACUUGGUAUACUUGGACUCAGUAACCCUUACGCGAACUGUGACUCCUACUUCAACUUAUCUUGCGUACCUGCCAUCUGUGACCAUUAAUCGCACGGUCACUCCGACUUCCACCAGUUUGUUCUACCUUCCAUCGGUGACUGUGAACAGAACCGUAACUCCAACCAGUACGAACGUUUUCUACGAGUUAGCAGCUACCGUCAACCGAACUGUCACACCAACGUCAACCAACGUAUUCUACGCAGCGUCUGUCACCGUCAACCGUACUGUUACGCCCACCUCGACCAGACUUUCGUAUCUGGACUCGGUAACCAUAGACCGUACUGUUACGCCAACAUUCACCAAACUGAUCACUCUGGACUCGACCAAUACGCAAACUCGUACCCUUACACCAACCUUUGUCGUGCAGGAAACGGCUGAUACACGAACGGUCACUAGGACCAUUACUCCAUCGUUCGUUGUGCAAACAUCCGUGCCAACUUCCACCAUCACUAGGACAUUCACUCCGACCAAUGUGAUUACAACAACCGCUGCAACAACCAGCACCAUAGUCCGUACCGUCACUCCACGAGCAACCAGCACAACUACUAUAACUGCAGGCGUUUCAACAGUGACCGUUCGGGAUACUAAAACUAUAACUACCACGCCAGUGUUGACGUCGACUCCAACCAUCUACUCCACCAUUACGCUUCCGGCAGUUACACAAACUAUCUGCAAGCCCGUCAACACCUAUCUUCCGGACGAAGGAACUCCAACCAUAACCCGUACGCGCACCGAAACCGUUACCGAACGUCUGACGGAAACUGUCAUCACUUGCACGCCCACGAACGCCUAUCUGCCAGUUCAGCAAACGGCCACCGUCAAACGAUCCUCUUUGAAUCGAGACGUCGUUCCACCGGAACCACUACGAUACAAUUUGAUCUAGAAAUAGCCUCGUAGCGAUGUCGUAUGAACAAGAAAUAAUACUCUGUCCUGUCGUAGAAAUGAGAUAUGCCAGAAGCGUAGCUUCUAUUUGCCUCCUUCCGCAAGCUGGUGCUCUAUCGAUCCAGAUUUCCUUACUUUUCAAACGAGAGAAACAAACAAAUACUCAACAUCCCUUUGUUGAUACAAAGUUCAACGCUGUGUUUUAGCAAUUGUUAGCAAUAGAUGUAUUUUCAUUUUAGUGUAAAUAAUUACGACGAAAGCAGUCGCACGACAGAUCUGUUUGUUGAAGUACUGUGACAAUAUAAGAUUCGAAUAGUGUUAGCAAUUCGCUACGAAACCAAUGCACUAUGUAACGAAAAAAAAAACAAUGAAACUAGCUGUACAGUAACCCAAAAUGUGUUCAAAAUGAUGGCACUCGAAAUAAAGACUUCAUGGUUGUGUUUUUGAAUUCA